AUGAGGUCUUUCGGCGCCGCGGCACUUAUUGCUCUAGCGAUCCUUACAGAAUGCUUCUGCGCACAAUCAGACAGACAUCGGUCUCGGUCCGGCCCGGUGCGUAGUGUACCGGUGGCGGCCGAUGUUAAGAAAGAUGUGGACUACGAUUGUCCCGAAGAGUUUGGUUAUUACCCCCACCCCACCGACUGCACAUUGUACUAUGUCUGCGUGUUUGGCGGCGCACUACUCGAAUCGUGCACUGGUGGCCUUAUGUACAGUCACGAGCUCCAAACAUGUGAUUGGCCGCGCAACGUAGGCUGUGACGGUACCAGUGCGGGUGGCGAGGAGUUAGAAUCAGUCAGAGUAAGCGCACAUCGACAAAGAGAACCACCUCGACCCCCGCCACGCCGCACACCGUCGCCUCCACCACCUCCGCCACCCCGUGCUCAGCCCAACCCCAUCGUCACCUCCAGAGGACAACCCAGAUACAGUCAACAAGAAUAUGAAAAGCAACAACAGCUUUAUGAAGAAGUAGAUGAUUUACCACCGGUUGAAGAACUUGAAAGUGACAGACAACAGCGUGUUUAUCGAGGACAACCACCAACAAUAGGUCAAGUUCAAAAAGAUAGAGAUGGCUACUCUGUUCAACAAAUCAGCUCAGGCAGAAAUCUCAAUUCCAACAUUAUACCCGCUUCUAUCCCUCAAAAUAAUGGUAAAAUUGGAUCUUUCUCAUUUGGCUCGCAAGUCGACGAUAGACGCACUGCUACUGUGACACCAGCACCACAAUCAUACAGUGAUAACAAAAGUGACGUGGUGACUGACUCUCUCCAUGACAGACUUUUAGACAUUGAGACAAAUGAGAUCAAUAAUAAUGACGUAAUUGAAAAAACUGUUUUUAGAAAAAAACGGGAUGUCGUAGGGAAAGAUGUAGUUAUUAAUGAAACUAGUACUGUUAAAACAAAUGAAACAAUUAAUAGGAAUGAUAGUGGUGAAGAAAUAGAAUAUGUUGAAAUUGAUCCAGACUUUGAGGAGGGUUUGCCACAAGAUGACACUGAUAGAGGAAAGAGGCAGAUAAGAUACUAUUUAAAAAAUGGAUACAAGUCUCCUAGAAAGAAUUGGGCACAUAUAAAGCCUUUUAAAGUGAUUCAGUUCCCGCAAUCGUUUUUCAACACACAUGCACAAAAUAAUAGAUAUAAUCAACACACGUAUAAAAAUGUGAACAACAAUAAUUAUUAUGAUACACGUCGUCCUUACUCUUUGGGCAAUAGUAAUCAAUAUUCAAAUGCUAAUCCAUUUGUGUCACAUCAACCUGAUACCUACCAAUCGCAACAUUUUUAUAACCCUAAUCGGCCAGAACCUUCUAGUCAAACGAUAACCCAUAAUCCACUGAACUCUGUAACCCAUAUUAUAACUAAAAGUCCUCCUAUUUCGGCUUUAAAUAGUAAUCCAUUCCCAGCUUUAGCUGGCGGUUUUUUCAAUAAUGUGCCUCAACAAGAUAUCCAGAAUGUGAAUCAACGACCUUUAUCAGCACAAAAACAUCAAUUCUCAUUUCCUGAUUCUUCACAAGUUUCCAGCACAGUAGUAACUGGGAAACCUGUUAUAUUAUAUACCUCGCCUAGAACUGAAGAUAAUCACAAUAAUAAAGCAAUCAGAAAUAAUUACGGGUCUCAAAAUUAUUCUGGUCAAAAACAUCAACAACCUAUAGAAAAUGGGCAACUACUACAAAAUUAUGAUCACAAAAGACCAUCAUCAGAUAGGGAGUAUGAUGAUAAUUCUAGCGAAGAAGACGAAGACUCAUAUGAAGAAGAAGAGGAAAAUAAAAAUUACAAACAUGACUUCAAGCCACCCUAUGAAUUCAGGCAUCCUAGCAACAGAUUCAAGGACAUCGAAAAUCCAUUUGCUAAUCCUAACUUUGAUUUUGAUGCCUAUUUAUCUAAGAUAAGUAAUGGUCAAUAUUCAACACCGAAACCUAACCACUUGAUAUCAGUCAACCCUAAUCAGGUACAUGUGUCAGGAUCAACGCCACAAUAUAACUCAUUCAACUCUGGGACACCAAGCUCAACAAUAAGUUAUACAGGAAUGAGCACUCCUAAGCCAUUUACCGUGCCAUCAGGAUCAGUUACUUCAGGUGAUGGUAACGUUAAUAACAGGAAGCCAUUGGAACAACAAUAUCAAAAACUAAUUCAAAGACCUGAACCGACGCGUCAAAGUUAUAUAGAAUCACAAUCAUUAAACUCAAAUGUCUUAGUAUCUCCCACCGCAGGAUUGCUUGUUGAUGCAGUAAGACCUAAACUUAAACCACCAAAUUUCAAAGAUGAUCGUCAACUACCAAUCAGUUAUAGUUUUAGUAGGCCAGACAUAAACACUACACCUGUACCAAAUCAAGACAAUAAAUCUCAAAAAAAUUAUUAUGCGACUCAAAAACCAUAUAUGUUAUUGACAUCGACAGGUUUGCCGAUAAUUUUGUCAACACCUAAUCAUAAUUAUAUUGUGAAACCUGAAAAUAUCAUACCACUAAAACCAAAUGGUAGUGUAAAACCGUAUUUGUCAUCUACAAUGAAACCGUAUAAUCCUUACAUAACAUUGGAACAAUCUACCUCAAAACCUUUGACAACUAUUGCAAAUGAACAGCUUUCGAAUUUACAACAAUUUUGGAAUAAAAAUCCUUCUACUGAGACUGUGCCUCUGCAUUCAGUUUUUUUCAAACAGAGCACUCCGGCAAGUAUUGCGAAGUUAGAAAAUUUAUUUGCAGGAAUUAUAAAAUCAACUUCAGAACCUAUAAAUAGUCAGAGCAUCUUUAAAAAUGACAGCUACAAUAUAGUCAUGACAACAGCGAAACCACCAUCAAAUCGUAGACCUAUACCAAAGCCAUCACCCGAAAUGAAUGACUAUUAUUACGAUGACGAUGAAGAGUUUUACUAUGAACCAAUUGUGAAGCCAAAAUACAUGCCAAGUACAGAAGUAAGACCACAGCGUCCGCCAAUGGCUCAAAACUAUAAAGAAUAUUAUGAAAGUUAUGAGGAUGAUAGUGAAGAAUUAAAUACAAGACAACAACCAUCAAAAGUACCAGUACGGUAUAUCACGUAUAAACCAGAGAGUGCUACUAAAAAUUAUAACGAUGUAUCUGUAGGUACAAAAGGUCCAUUAAAAAAUUUAAAUAAGAACGUAAAUGGAAACAUUCCUAUCCCUGUAUUAGUAGACUAUGGAACUUCCACACCAAACACGCUUAUUCGCCCUGAGGUACCCAAUUAUAAAAUUUUACAUCAUAUGCCGAGAAAUAAGACUAAGCAUAUUAGAAAACCUGUCACAGAUAAUGGUCCCAAUACUGACAAGCCCCCUAAGCAUUUAAAUCAAACAACUCUGCGUCCCUAUACCGUUAGACAUAGGUUAGCUAAGCCGACUACCGAAAAAACCCCUUCUCAUAAUGAAGAUAAACAGACAAGAGGAAAAAUUAGACAUCCUAAUAUUGUAGCAGAAAUGAAACAUACGACUCCUCGUGACAGCUACAACCAAGAGACUAGAUUCACAAAGAUCAAACAUGACGAUAAAUCCAACAGUUUGGAACCGACCGAGAGUAUUAGCCCCGUAUCUUACUCAGCAAGUCCUCGGCCUAAGAUGUUAUACAAUGGAACUCAAAACUACAGUCCUGAUCAAUAUGACCCCUUCUACGCGGUAUAUGAUGAAGACGGUGAAUUGUAUAAAGAUACAGAGUACGUUCAGCAAUAUAACACGGCUUCGCUUCGCCCAGCUGUGCAACAGACAUACCGAGGUACCCCUCCACCCGCAAGAAGGCCCGUCGAGACCUACACACCGAGGCCAUCAUCACCUGAUGAUUACGAUGAAGAACUUAUACAACCCCAGAUAAAUAAUCAGAACCAGUAUCAAACACCAAUUCGUCAUUCGACUAGGGGCGAAGGUAAUGAAUUGGGUUAUGAUCCAAAUCCGAGCAGCGUGAGGACGACUAUGUAUGAAGCAACCACUUUAAGCACCACUCCUCCUACUACUACUACUAGCACGAGCACGACUACCCAACGCUCUACUACAGCACCCUACACAGAGGCAAUGAUUCCGUCUCGUUACACACCAAGAUCAUCCACAAAUGAAAAUCUAUUACCUAUAUCCUCUCCAAACCUAUCUGACGAGACUACUUUGUCAAUACCUAUUAUUACAUUACCAUCAGUCAUACGUUUCUCCUCCCUUGCUAAACCUUUCGAAAAGACUGACAAUUCACAUAGAUUAAGAGAGACUAUACCCACGACUGAAAAACUUCCGACUGCUCCCAGACAUACUCAAGUGACUAACAAUAAUAACAACGUGGAAGUGGCAAGGGUCAGGUCAAAUACAAAUAAUAAAAAAAAUGUGUCACUAACAUCGGGCUUUUCAAUCCGCCGAAAUCCAAACAAUACUGGUAAUCCCUAUACUUUAACUGUUUUGACACGUCCAUUUGAUGAUUAUGAGAAAGCACGUAGGCAAAGCAGCCGUAAAAUAAAUAGCGGUCAAGUACAAUCCGAUAGGUAUUAUUAUGAUAGUAGUAUCAAUAGUGAAGAUGUUUCCGUUGAGCCGGUAGUUGAAUUUGAUAGUACAUCUGAAACACCAUCCAAGAGUUCGUUGCGCAGACAAAAUUCUGUUCGUGUUAUUAGCAAUGAAGAUGAUGAUAUUCCCGUAAACGUGAAGCCUACAAGUAGGUCAAGAGCAGUGAAAACUAGAAUUAGAACCACUAUAGCACCCUCUACUGAAUCAAGAAGAUACUACACACAUUCAGAUCAAACGGGUUUUACUCGUCCAACACCAUUUUCUUCAAACAAUCACGACAUUAUUGAUUCAACAGAGAAUGUGAUUAAUACAGAAAAAUUAAUAGAUGAUGGUUUCGAAAACGUUGAGGCUGACGAUUUAUCGAAUUUCAAUGAAAAUAAUACACUAAACGAUCAAUUACCAACCAAUACACGUGGUAGAUCUCAAAACGUAUGGAGCGAACCAGCCAUCUCACCCUAUAAAACAUUAGAUAAUUUACGAAACACGUACAGAACUGAUACCAGCCAUGAUUAUACGACUACCACUACAUCUACGACUACACCAAUAUCCACAACAAAGCUUUUUAGACAUCGUAAUCCAACUAAACAGAAACAUUUGCGUCCUAAACCUUCAUAUUACAGUUAUCAUUUAGAAGAUGAGGUUACCGGUGAUCAGACUACGGAAAUAUUUAACGACAGAGUAAAAAAUGUUAUUACAAGUUUUUUAAAUAAUUUUGUUAGAUCUCCCGUAUCAAAAUUUAUUGAGGAAUUUCCAACGACGACCACUUUAAAACCUGUUUUACCACAACAGAAUAAUGAGGGAAAAAAUUUCAAUAUAGGUUACCAGAAAAAGGCAUUAAAGCACAUUGAUGAAAAAGAUUUGCGCUCUAAAGUAAAUUUGGUUCAAGUAGUCACAGAGUCACCUGAAAAUAAAUAUGUAAAUCCAAAUGUAGAGUCAGUUAGUUUUACUGAAGACGAAAGUAAAGUAAAGGAUUUUACAUCCACUUCUAGGGCAAUGUCUACCAUGGGCACAACUCCUUUCGCGUACUCAGAGUUACCAACAACUCCUGCUACAAUAUUAAGUUCCACCAGUGAGAUCAGAAGUAUGCCAAAUAGGAAUUCGUAUCAGUCUAAGUUCAGUAGUUUUAUUCCAAGUAAACCAAAAACCGAUGAUACACGCAAAUACCAAAAAAUAUUCGAUGAACAAUCAUCUACUGAAAGUUUUAAUCCUGUUCAUAACUAUAACGAUGAAAAAGCUCAUUCAGUUGAACCUAUUAAAGGGGACAUAAAAAUCACGACUGAGGCGGAAAACUUCCGACUUAGCGACAUUGAGAGUGCUAUAGCUUCUACGACUAGUACUACCAGAGCUACGACGACUGCGAAGUCUGAACCGACGACAUCGACUACUAAAAGUUUAUCCUUCCCAACGCGAGCUUCACGCGUCAAUCCCGCCAUAAAGUUAGCUGCGACAAACCCUGGAGGUGGGCGCAGGAGUUACCAAUCGUCGACCAAAUGCUCAUCAGAUAACAGUCUGCAAGCGAAUCCAAAAUGCAACGAAAUCAAAUAUCAGAGGCCGACAAGUACACGAGGUCGUGGUUCCGCGCACUACUCCACAGCAAAUGGUGAUUCACAAGCGCCAUCAGCUCCGAAUAGAGGAACACCUCCAACUCGCAGCCGCCCGACAUUGAAGCCAUCCACGGCCAUCGUGUCUAAAACUGCCGAAAUCCCGGAUAUUUACCUACAUCCGCCGAGCAGGCCUGCUCCAGUAUAUCCACAGCCAACCCCAGACAAGACAGCUGCGAAGUGUAGAAAAGACGUCUGUCAACUACCUGAUUGUUAUUGUGGUGGAAAGGAAAUUCCUGGCGAUAUGCCACUAGAUCAGGUACCACAAAUCGUUCUACUGACAUUCGACGACUCUGUGAAUGACUUGAACAAGGGACUAUACGCAGACUUGUUCGAAAAAGGACGUGUUAACCCCAACGGUUGUCCAAUUAGCGCAACAUUUUACGUGUCCCACGAAUGGACUGAUUACAGCCAAGUACAGAAUCUUUACUCCGCGGGACAUGAGAUGGCUUCACACACAGUUUCGCAUAGUUUUGGAGAACAGUUCUCACAAAAGAAAUGGUAUAGAGAAGUAGGUGGUCAAAGAGAAAUUUUAUCAGCAUACGGUGGAGUUAAACUUGAGGAUAUAAGAGGCAUGAGAGCGCCUUUCCUUUCUGUUGGUGGUAAUAAGAUGUUCAAAAUGUUAUACGACGCUAACUUCACGUAUGAUUCAUCUCUCCCCGUUUACGAAAAUAGACCACCAAGUUGGCCCUAUACUCUUGACUACAAACUUUUCCACGAUUGUAUGAUUCCACCUUGUCCAACAAAAUCUUAUCCAGGCGUAUGGGAAGUCCCUAUGGUGAUGUGGCAAGACUUAAACGGAGGCCGUUGCUCUAUGGGUGAUGCAUGCGCAAAUCCCCCUGAACCUGAAAAUGUUUACAAGAUGAUUUUAAAGAACUUUGACAGACAUUAUACUACCAACAGAGCUCCUUUCGGUCUUUUCUAUCACGCGGCAUGGUUUACGCAACCUCACCACAAAGAAGGCUUCAUCAUGUUCCUGGACUUCAUUAACCAGAUGCCAGACGUCUGGAUCGUCACCAACUGGCAAGCAUUGCAGUGGGUGAGAGACCCUACACCGAUCAACAGACUUAAUAACUUCCAGCCUUUCCAAUGCAACUAUCAGGACCGACCGAAGAAAUGCAACCAUCCCAAAGUAUGUAACUUAUGGCAUAAAUCAGGAGUCCGAUACAUGAGGACGUGCCAACCUUGUCCCGAGGUGUAUCCAUGGACCGGCAAAUCUGGCAUCAGAUCUUCACGCAUAGACAAUGACAUCGGAGAAUAA